GGGACGGGCGGCAGCUCGGGGCUCUGUCGGUGCCGGGGGGCUCCGGGCCCGAGCAGCCGGUUUGUGGCGGGCAGGGCGGCGCCGCGGGGCGGGGGGAUCGGCGCGGGGCUGGGGGCGCGGUGCCCGCUGGAAACGCCCGUGUCAGCGGCUCGCGCUUGAGGACGACGCCGCGGCCCCGCUCGGGGCGGGGAGGGCUCCUCCCGUCGGGCACGCGACCCGCGGCGGAUGCCUGGUGGCUUAGGCGCGGCGCUCACAAAGCCGCCAGCUUUACAGAGUGGUCCGGCCCUCGCGAGGCUGCUUUAAUCCCGGGAAACCUGACCACGGGCUUCUUAAAAAUGUGAUUUGACUGAGUGCAGCAGGCUCCUGGCGGUGCCAGCACGUUAUGCAACUGCUGCUCCCCCGUGAUGGGGAAGGAGAACGUCUGCAGGGGCUGUUUAGUUUAUCCCGUUUCCCGAGCAGAGGACGUUUCUCCCUGCGCUAACCCACCUGUUUGGUUUUUUCUUCUCCUGCAAGCUGCUCUCAGGGUUGAUCGAGGGGCUCCGUACCGGCUGUGGCGCAGCGCGUCCUCCUCCAGGCAGGGCAUGGCAGCGAGCACGGGCAGCGGCGGGACGGCGGCGGCGGCGGCAGCGACCGGGGAGCCAGCUCACGCGGUGUCUCUGCUGCGGGGGCUGAGCGCGCUGCGAGCGGAGCGGAGCCUGCUGGACGUGACGGUGGUGGCGGGCGGGCGGGAGUUCGGGGCCCACCGCGCCGUGCUGGCCGCCGCCUCCGGCUACUUCCGCGCCAUGUUCGGCGGGGCGCUGCGGGAGGCGCGGGCUGAGCGCGUGCGGCUGCACGGCGUGGAGCCCGAGUGCCUGGCGCGCCUCCUCGACUUUGCCUACACCGGCCGCGUGGGCGGGCUGGGCCCCGACAUCGCCGAGCGCCUUCUGCGUGCCGCCGACCUGCUGCAGUUCCCCGCCGUCAAGGAGGCGUGCGGUGCCUGGCUGGCGCGCCAGCUGGAGCCCGCCAACGCGCUGGACAUGCAGGACUUCGCCGAGGCCUUCGCCUGCCCCGCGCUGGCGGCCGCCGCGCACCGCUUCGUCCUGCGACACGUGAGCGAGCUGGGCGCCCAGCUGGAGCGGCUCCCGCUGCCGCGCCUGCUCUCCUACCUGCGCGAUGACGGGCUCUGCAUCCCCAAGGAGGAGGCCGCCUUCCAGCUGGCGCUGCGCUGGGUGCGUGCCGAUCCCGCCGCCCGCGCCCCGCUGUUGCCCCAGCUCCUGGCGCACGUCCGUCUGCCCUUUGUGCGCCGCUUCUACCUGCUGGCCCACGUGGAGGGCGAGCCGCUGGUGGCCCGCUGCCCGCCCUGUCUGCGCCUCCUCCGUGAGGCCCGCGACUUCCAGGCUGCCCGCCUCGACCGCCACGACCGCGGGCCCUGUGCCCGCAUGCGGCCCCGGCCCUCCACCGGCCUCGCCGAGAUCCUCGUCCUCGUCGGCGGCUGCGACCGCGACUGCGACGAGCUCGUCACUGUCGACUGCUACAACCCACGCACCGGCCACUGGCGCUACCUGGCCGAGUUCCCCGAGCACCUGGGCGGGGGUUACAGCGUCGCCGCGCUGGGCAACGACAUCUACGUCACCGGGGGGUCGGACGGGUCAAGGCUGUACGACUGCGUCUGGAGAUACAACUCCAGUGUGAACGAGUGGACGGAGGUGUCCCCGAUGCUGAAAGCCAGAGAGUACCACAGCUCCACGGUGCUGGACGGGCUGCUGUACGUCAUCGCCUCCGACAGCACGGAGCGCUACGACCACUCGGUGGAUAGCUGGGAGGCUCUGCAGCCCAUGCUGUACCCCAUGGACAACUGCUCCACCACCUCGUGCCGCGGCAAGCUGUUCGCCAUCGGCUCUCUCUCUGGCAAGGAGUCCAUGGUUAUGCAGUGCUACGACCCCGACAGUGACCUCUGGUCCCUUGUCAACUGCGGCCACCUGCCUCCGUGGUCCUUCGCGCCCAAGACGGUGACGCUCAACGGGCUCAUGUACUUCAUAAGAGAUGACUCAGCUGAAGUGGAUGUUUACAAUCCAGUGAAGAAUGAAUGGGAUAAAAUCCCUGCCAUGCUUCAGGUUCACGUUGGGGGGAGCGUGGCCGUGCUAGGCGGGAAGCUCUACGUCUCUGGUGGCUAUGAUAACACGUUUGAACUCUCAGACGUCCUGGAAGCUUACGACCCCGAAACGCGAACGUGGAGCGUGGUGGGCCGACUCCCUGAGCCCAUCUUCUGGCACGGCAGCGUCAGCAUAUUCCGACAGUUCAUGCCGGAAACCACGCAGGAGGAUGACAGCAUCACGCUGGACAACACCAUCAACUUGAACAGGCAGCGCCAGAACCUUCACAACCAGAACCUUAACGAGCUUCGUUAGCAGGGCAGCGCGCUGUCCCUGGCUCGAUGCGAGUUCAUUAUCCAGAACCAGUGUUGCUUUGAGAGAAGACAGAGGCAAAUUGGUGCUUGGAAACACAUAUACUGAUCAGUAGAGGGAGUAAAAAUUCUGAAUGUUUGAAAUGCUGUUGUAGAAUCCUAGCUGGCAGAACACGAGGCCUCCGGGCACAGCGGUCCUCAGUCCUUCUCUGUGGAGGCAGAAGGCGCAGCACUACUCACAGGGAAGAUCUGAGAGGCAAACUCUGAAGAAAACAGUUGUGUUAAACAUCACUGCAGCAUCACGACUUACAGCUUUUGGUCAGAUGCCUUUCACUUUGAGCUCCUUCACCCUGCAACGCUUUGUUUGUCACCAGAUUCCUUUCUUCAGUUUCUUCCUACGGAGAGAAAAAAAGGAACAGAAGGAAAUGGGCAGGACCGACCCGCCGAUGGCCUGAGCCUCCUGCGGUGGGAGGGGUCUGUCCAGCAGGACUGUGGUCUGCACCCUGCCCCUCUGCUGUGUGCUUCAGAGGGAGACAGGCCUCUCGCACAUCUGCCUCGGUGCGGUUAGAGGGGAAGAGACCUUCCUGAAUGAGAGGUUACUGUGAGAGCGUAGCCCUUCCUGUCAUGUCACCGUAGCCCUUGGCUCCUGUUCAUGCCCUCGGAAAGAACGUGUCUGUAUAGCAGGGAUCUUAGAGAGUCUGGGUUACGAAGCUUCGCCUGUCCUGUUGUCUGAAUUUAGUUCUUCGUGUAUUUUGUUGUUUUUAAGUUUCGUCAUUGAAACUUCUGCAGGUGUUUCUUUUCCUAUCCUUCCUAGAAGAACACUUUUUUUUUCUCGGAACACCUUUAUUUAUCUUUUAAUCGUAUUGUUACAACUAGGGUGCCUUCAUUUCUGGUCACCCAAACUGCACUGUUCUUUAAAGGGAAAGGGAAAAGAGAAUCCCCCUCAGCUGGCUUGUGGAGUGACUUCUAGGGCUCGUGGCUCGUGCCAGAGGCCCUCAGGGAGGAGCCUUCCUUCUCCUUUACUAUUUUGACAGAAUUUGUUCCUACGGGGUUGCCCAGCUUGGGGCUGAACAUAGCAGAAAAUGUCUGUGUGGCUUGUUCUGUGACUAGUUCUCGUGACUAACAGAAUUUACUGUCAAUUCUUCUGUAGCAGGCUAUCAGCACGUGCUGUGUCGGGCAGGUAGGCCCUGUGUAUCGAGGGCAAGUUCUUAUUCCUUCACUGCUGUAAAAAAGCUAGGUUGGAAUUCUGCUAUUUUAGAAGAAAGAAAAAAAAAGAUUGCCUGGAAAGGUAAGCACAACUUCCCUAGAAGAUUUGCCACAGACUUGUAGAAGAAAAGCUGGUGGUGUUUAGACACCAUGGUGCAGAAAUGCAUUAGCUGGUGUGAGGCAACCUGCUGAACCCUCGGAGAGUUCUCGUGCCUGUCUCAUCUUCACUUUGCAGAAGCUCUUGGAAUCUGAGUAAUUGGAAAAUGCUGCUGAGGUCAUUUGGCGAAGGUGUAGGAGUUAGCAAGAGUGUUGUGGAUUGAAAGUUAGUUAUUUUAGGGUUUUCUUUGUGUGUGUGUGUGUGGCACGUGUAAGAUUUGCCUUUGUACUUGCUCAAGUGACCUAGGUAGCGUGAAUUGUAUUUCCUCAAUAUACCUUCAGCUGAAGAGAAGCUGCUUGCAGUUUACUUGUGGAAUGUUUCUUGAAAAAGAAAACAGUUAAGAUUGCAGUAUGGCUCAUCUGAAAAUGGGCACUACUUCCAGGAAAUUGUAGUGUAAUAGUGGCUGAAAUGGUGGCUAGAUUUGCUCUUUUUUCUGCCUUUGGUUUUUAACCAAUAGGAAAAAAAAAAAAAAAAAAAGGAAAGCCCGUCUGCUUGGGUUGCAUGCCUUCUGGCUUGCCGUUGAGUGCAUCAGAACCCUAUCUCUCUAAAGUCAACACGUUCACAGCUUUAAAAAUCUGUUUUGCCUUGAAUACUAUUUUAUGCUAAGCUACUUAGCUGUGAAACUUGAGAAAGCUGUUUAUGAAGCUUGGGCUUUGCUCAAAGUCUGAAACUUUGACAGUGCCUUGAAACUGCCGCCCGCGGCAGAGGAUCCAUGGCGAGGCGGGAGCAGCAGGGGUCCCCCGGGCGCAGCAGGCUCUCCUUGCUGGUUUUGUCUUAAGGCGCAGGGAAGUGCGGUUGCACGAGCCGCUGGUGGAGCUUUCCUCCUCGUGGCACAGUGGGGCUGGGGCGAGGGCUGUGCUUUGGCGGUCCCUGUUGGGUGGAGGAGCCAGACAGCGGGACACACGGGAGCCAGCAGCUCAGGGCCCACCCUCCGUUUCCGGGAGAAUCGCCGCGUCCCGCUGUGCUGAGCCAGCACACCAAAGCCACCUGUCCGCACAGCACUUCGUGUGUGGGGAGAAAAAGCGGCGGCUGCGACGUGGUGAUGCUCGAGAGACCUGCGCAAGUGUGAAGACCCCGAGCUGCCCGUGUGCGCUGUACGGCUGAACUUGUGUUGCAGACUGAAGUAUUUAUGCUGAACUAUAACUAGUACGUACACUAUAUCUCAUACUGUAGUGCUCACUGCUGGACCUGCCACCCUGAAAUUACCAAACCAGCUAAACAAUUAUGGAUUCGUAUUUAUUUUUUGUAAAAUCCAUUGUGUCCAAAUCUUUGAGUACUGUUUAAAUACCAUCCUUUGAAACAAAGGCAUUUUACAUUUACAGAUAAUGUAUUUUUAUUCUCAUAAUUUGUUUUUAAAUUUACUUGCAACAGUCAAGUUAAAUAAAACGUUACAUAAAUCUC